GGACCCCGAUGUUUAAAAUGUAUUGAUGCCUGUCCUGGUUUAGAAUUACAUUAUUGGCGGAAGAUCUGUAAACAUUGUCGCUGUCCGCAAGAAGAUCAUGACAUCCAGACAGACAGAGACCGAGAUUUUCGACCAAUCAGCUUACUAUUUGAUUCCACCUUCUCAGCCACAGACAGCAAAUCUGAUUGGUUGGCCAAAUUUGAAAAACUGAACCUCCAGGACCCGGCUGUGAUGAUGAAGAUGCAAACCAUUUACACUCAAAACUACUCUCAACCGCCCCUCCCCUAUACCCUUACUAGAUCCCAGAAAUAUGUUUCCAUGUUGCCGGAAGACAAGCAAGAGUUUGCAACACAACUGCGCAGACGUCAACUUCAACGACAACUUCCGUUACAUGACCUUGACCCCCGAUUUUGCAACAGUCUGACAGAAAAGGAGCUACCGAAAUAUGAGAAAUUCUCGGAGAAAAGGCGGAAGAAGGCCGCGGGAAUUGGGAAUAUCGGAGAAGUCAAUUCUACGGAAGGAAGUAUGGACCAUCUAACCGCUUCCGGUGGUCCGACCCCUCAGACCAACCUGCUUGCAUCCCAGGAUGGAACAAGAGCUCUAGGUCGCCAUAGUUCGUCUUCUUUCUACUUUCAGAAGUGUCAUUGCUGUAAAGGUUUAAUGGAGAACAGAACUGUAGCAGUAUUUGCUGGUCGAAUGGUUGGAACCUGUUGGCAUCCGGGAUGUUUCAUGUGUAAAACUUGUAAAGAACUUUUAGUGGAUAAUAUAUACUUCUACAAAGGAGCAGAGAUAUAUUGUGGACGACAUUACGCCGAUCUUCAGUACCCGCGAUGUGCUGCUUGUGAUGAGAUAAUAUUCGCUAGGGAGUAUACUCAAGCUGAGAACAGAUCAUGGCAUGUUCAACAUUUCUGUUGUUGGUGCUGUGAUGCUCCGCUAGCUGGCCAGAGAUACAUCGCUAAAAAUAAUAACCCUUAUUGUAUUGUUUGUUUUGAUCGAUUGUUUAGUAAGAUAUGUAGUACAUGCCAAAGACCAAUUACUGCUGAUUCCCCGGGAAUGACCCACGGUGACCUCCAUUGGCACGCAUGCCCACAUUGUUUCAGCUGCCAUGUGUGUGGUACAAGCCUUAUAAACAACCAUUUCUUAUUACGCGAGGGAAACUUGUAUUGCAGUGUGGACUGUCGGCAACGUACCUUGAACGUUCAUAAAGCGGCGCUGUCGAGGAAUUAUGCAACUUAA